UUCAGAGUCAGUUUCCAUAUUAAAGCCCAUAAUCCCAUCACCGGAUUUCUCCAAACACCCAUCCAUCUCUCUCUCUCUCUCUCUCUCUCUCUGAUUCUGAAAUGUCCAUUAACUACUACUAUUCUUCAUCAGAUAUUCCACAAUCACUCUGGUGGACAAAGCAACAACCACAGCCCCAGAUGGAACCAACAUCCAACACAAACCUCCACCACCGGCCAAACGCCGCUCCUUCGAGCAAAGCUUUCACUUUCAACCUCAACGAAGAAGACGACGACGAACUAGUAGGAGACGACCAAUUAAUCACCCAUCAGGAAGAGAAGCGAGGAGAGGGGCGCGACGUCGAGAGAGAAACCAUGUUCGAGAAGCCGCUCACUCCGAGCGACGUCGGCAAGCUCAACCGCCUCGUGAUUCCCAAAUCCCACGCCGAGAAGUACUUCCCGCUCGGCGGCGGCCGCGGCGACUCAGCCGAGAAGGGCUUGCUGCUGAACUUUGAGGACGAGGCCGGCAAGUGCUGGCGCUUCCGCUACUCCUACUGGAACAGCAGCCAGAGCUACGUCUUGACCAGAGGCUGGAGCCGCUUCGUCAAGGAGAAGAGCCUCGACGCCGGGGACGUCGUUUCCUUCUGCCGGCACCGUGGUGGAGGCGACAGGUUUUUUAUUGGGUGGAGGCGGCGCUCCGCAGCCGGGGUAGGAGCCGCAGUAGGUCGGAAUGUAGCUCCCACGGCGGCAAAUGGCUGCGGCGGCGGCGAGUGGACUCGGAUGUUAUAUUCUACGCACUCUUAUCCUUCGCCCCAUCAUGGGGAAACCGUAGAAUACCAACCCACCUUUCUUCACGCAGGGACAGUUGUAGAGAACCAACAAACAGUAGUAGGUGAUGGUGGUGCUAGUAGUAAUACUGUCAAUGUCAAGUAUUCAAAGAGGGUGAGGCUGUUUGGGGUGAACCUGGAUUGCCUGCAGCCCGAUGAUGCAGUUGAGUCUGAGCCAUCCACCCCUGAUGGCUUCACUAUUUGCAGCCAUGGUCAAGCCCAAUACUGCUGCACAACUGCUCCAAACCCUGAUCAAACUCACAUGGAUUUCAACUUCACAACUCAACAAGAGAUGUCAACAGAUAUCACCAAGGGUAAAGAUUUGUGGAUGUGACUUCCAGAAUUGACCAAUUGAGCCAGUCGGAAUGUCCCAAAAAAUUGAAAAAAGAGGAAAGGGGAUUAAGAAAAGGGGAAAAUCCCAGGUUUUCAGGCAGCUUUUUCCUCGUCAUAGGGCGGUUUUCCUCCAUCCAUGCCCAAAUGGAGGAAUAUGGAUAGGUGGCACCAGAAGCCUGCACAUUUAUGAUGCUACUGUUGGGAUUCUACUUGAAGAUUUUUCAAAGGGAUAGGGCCUCACCCAUCAUCAUGAUGAAUCGGUGGCAUGAGAGUGAGUGGAUGGAAUAUUUUCUUUUUUACCAUGAUGGGAUAGAUGGCACAGACCACUAGUACAAGCCCAUUCUUUUCCCUGUCUGUACAGCUAACAUGCCUUCUGUGACCUUUUCUUCUUCUUCCUCAUCUUCUUCUUCUUCCUUUCAUUUAUUUACAGUCAUAUAAUGUUGAGACUGAAAAAUAGCUUCCAUUAUUUCUUUCAAUGUAUGUAUCUGGGCAUGAGAUGGUGAUGCUUAUGUA